AUGGCCAUCCGUCGACGGCGUCGCCUCGCACAAGUGGCUGUGCUGACGGCCCUCGUGGUGCUGAGCGUGCUCCUCGUCACGCUGCCGCCGGACUCGCCUGCCGUGCUGGCAGUGGUGUUCAACUCGGCGCGACUUCGGUCGGCGCUGCUGCCGGGCGACAGGGACGCGUGGCUGCGCGGGCGGGCGCGGUAUCCGGUGCACUUGGCGAGCGAGGUCGGGUGUCUGAUCAAGACGGGCUACGGGACGAGGCAUCGCGUCCGGGAGCAGCUGCGCGCGUUUGCGGUCAAGGGCGGCGUUCUGGGCGACGAGGGGAGGGACUACCUGGUCGUUGGAGACUGGGAGCCGGCCAACGCCACCGCCGAGGGGGGCUUGGGCGCGGCGGUCGUCGACGCCGUCGGCUUGGUGAUGAGGGACGGGAGGCUGGCCGGGUUUGCGGACCAUGCGCGCUUCGGCAAGUACAGGAACUUGGGGGGCGCCGUGGAUGCCGGCGACGAGGUGAGAGCCCAGGAGCUCGGGGCCAAGUUUGGGUGGGAACUUGAUGCGUUGAAGUUCAUCGCGGGCAUGGAACUUUCGUACCGGAGAAUGCCGCACAAGAAGUGGUAUCUUAUCCUCGACGACGACACGUUCGUGGUCAAGGAAUCCCUGGAGCUGCUACUGAGUCACUUGGAUCCUUCGAAGCCGCAGUAUGUGGGCAACGCCGUGGGCGAUUACAAGGCGCGAUUUGCCCACGGCGGAUCGGCCGUCGUUGUCUCCGGCGCGGCCAUGAGGAUGCUGUUCAGCAGGCCAGACAUCGUGCGAGACGCCUACAUUCGCUCGUUGGACGAGACGUGGGGCGAUAGACUGGUGGCAACGACGCUGCAGAGGAUUGGAGUUUACAUUGACGAACGGCUCAGUCACUACUUCAACGGCGAGGCGCCGGACAUGACGAGGAUUCGACUCGAUCGUGUCUGCUCGCCCGUUGUUUCUUUUCAUGGGCUCCGGAAACCUGGUGCCAUGGUCCAUGCUGGAGUGACGCUGGGCAGGACGACAAGGCCGGUACUUUGGGGCCAGCUGUGGGAGCUGUUUGGCCAAACACGGUUGGAGUCGAUGGAAGAGUCAGCCCUGGACAAAGGCGACCAUGUUGGUCCCGGCGAGGAAGAGGUCAAGCUCUGGCAGGGCAUCAAAACGGCUCGGGAUUGCCAGUACAGGUGCAAAGGGCGGUGCCUGGCGUGGACAUAUUACGCCGAAACUCGCGUGUGUCGCGCCAGUCCAUGGCUCAUUGUCGGACCGCCGACCAGCGGCAGUGAGGUGUCUGGGAUUCGUCUUUCAGCGGCGACAUCUGCAUUUAAAAGGUGCUCUCUUGCGCAGGUUGAGGGCAGCUCUGCCUGA